AUGAAAUUCACAUCGGCUGUCAUCUCUCUCCUUGCCAUCGCUCUUCCCGUGCUCGCUCAGACUGAGAGCCUUUCCUAUGAUAACACUUAUGAUAAUGCUGAUCAGUCUCUCACCACCGUCGCCUGCUCAGAUGGGCCCAACGGGCUCAUCUCCAAGGGCUACACGACUCUUGGUCAAUUGCCUACAUUCCCCAAUGUCGGUGGUGUCUACACUGUUACGGGAUGGGAUUCAGUUUACUGCGGAACAUGUUACGAAGUGACAUACGACAACACGACAAUUGCAAUCCUUGCUGUUGAUGUUGCGAGUGAAGGGUUUAACGUUGCGGAGGCAGCGAUGAAUAAGCUUACUGAUAAUGAGGCUGAGUUUUUGGGGAGGGUAUCGGUGACUUCAGUUGAGGUGGACGCAUCUGUAUGUGGCCUUUGA